AAACCCUGACUCGGGUGUUUCCAUGUCCAACCCUUUAAAUAGAGACUUUCUCUCACAACCGGCACAAUUCUCAUCUGACUCUUGUUCUGAGGAUCUCAUACACACUGACAGAGACGAUGACUCAAACUUCAGUUACAGCGAUCGUGUUGUUGGUUGCAGCUCUCGGUGUACUCCAUACAGAUGCUUCUGCUUUGUCAUGUUGCAGGAAGUAUACCAAAGCACAGAUACCGAUGGCAAUUAUCAAAGGAUAUUCCAUUCAGGACGUGACAAGACACUGUCACAUUGAUGCUGUCAUAUUCCACACAAUAAGAGGCAGGAACAUUUGCACUGACCCCUCCAAAGACUGGGUGAUGGAGAAUGUCCGUGUGCUGAGGCAAAAAGUGCAAGUAAUCAACAAAAAACUUUCAAAAGGCUAAUUUUACAACUUCUCUGGUUAAACAGAUGUCACUACAAGAAUAUUUCUUUAUGGAGGAGGAUCUAUUUCUUUAUGAAAUUUGCAUAUUUACUUUGCAUAUUUGUAUAUGCAUGUUAUUUUAUACCGUUACACUGUUUGCUUUUUUAAUUAACUGCAUUAAAAUAAAUUUUCUAUGUAAAGUGAAAA